CUCCCUACCAUAGGCAUCUAUACUCCGUGCCAACCCGGAAUUUAGAGCAGAUUUGACGGGCGUGCGGCAAGGAGAAAAGACUUGUGACGUCGACGUGCAGUAUAAGUGGCUGUCUCGCCACAUCCAAGCUUCGUUCAACUCCCAGGCCACGCUUCAUUAGUGCAGCCAUGGCUCGCAGCAGCCUCGCGUGUUUGCUCAUCAGCCUGCUGACCUUUGUCGCUGGCAGCACAUCCUCCCCGGCGCAGUUCCCCGUGCAAGCACCCGAAGCCCUCAAAAAUGUCAUCGUCCAGAUGUUUGAAUGGACGUGGGACAGCGUUGCGGCGGAAUGCUAUAACUUCAUCGGGCCUGCCGGGUACGGCUUCGUGCAAGUCAGCCCUGCCCAGGAACAUGUCCAAGGUUCGCAAUGGUGGACGGAUUACCAGCCCGUAUCAUACACUCUCACCUCAAAGCGCGGAGACAGAGACCAGUACACUAACAUGAUUAAUACUUGCCAUGCCGCUGGUGUCGGGGUUAUUGCAGACACUCUCCUCAAUCACAUGAGUGGUUCAGACGACGGCGGCGUCGGCGUCGGGGGGUCGUCAUUCCAGCAUUAUGUCUAUCCUGGAAUAUACGAAUACCAAGACUUCCAUCACUGCGGCCUAGAGCCCGACGAUAAUAUCGUCGACUAUAGUAAUGCUGUCGAAGUCCAGACUUGCCAACUGGACAACCUGGCAGACCUAUUCACGGAGUCAGAGUAUGUGCGGAGCCGACUGGCGGCGUAUGUGAACGACUUGCUUUCGUUGGGCGUCGACGGGCUGCGACUGGAUGCGGCAAAGCAUAUCAAUGCGAACGACAUUGCCAACAUCACUUCUCGCUUACGCCGGGCUCCGUACAUCACGCAAGAAGUUAUCUUCGGGACGGGCGAACCUAUAACCCCCAUCCAAUAUGUCAACAUCGGCGAUGUACAAGAGUUCCGCUACACUACCGCAGUACAAAACGCCUUUUCGGGCAGUGGCAUCUCCGGCCUGCAGAGCUUCGAUAACCUUGGAUGGGUACCCGGAACAUCGGCCAAUGUCUUCGUUUCAAACCAUGAUACAGAGAGGAAUGGCAACUCGUUGAACGCCAACUCGCCUUCAAAUAUCUAUGUCACUGCCAUGGUCUUUUCCCUCGCACAUCCAUAUGGGAUGCCGACCAUUCUCUCGAGCUACAGUGACUUCACGGACUACGAUGCCGGGGCUCCGAAUGGCGGAGCGGGUACGUGCACCACGGGUGGUGGGACCAAUGGCUGGCUAUGCCAGCACCGAUGGAACGCCAUCGCAGGCAUGGUCGGCUUCCACAACCAAGUUGGCACCGCGGCCAUGAACAACUGGGUGUCGCCGCAGUCGGAGCAGAUUGCGUUCGGGCGAGGCUCUCUCGGUUUUGUCGCGAUCAAUAACGCAGACGCCGUCUGGACCACGACCUUCGCCACUUCUCUGCCGGAUGGGACGUAUUGCGACGUCAUCAGUGGUAUCAGCUCGUCCGGAGUAUGCACAGGGACUGCGUUCACUGUUUCUGACGGAAAGUUCACGGCUGGCGUGCAAGCUCGCAACGCUAUUGCCAUUCACAGUGGCGCAACGGGCACCGCAGGUGCUACGAUCACGGUGAACUUUGCAGAGAAUGCCAAUACGACGUGGGGCGAGAAUAUUUUCUUGGUGGGCAGUGUUCCUCAGCUGGGCUCGUGGAGCCCCAACUCUGCGCUCCCUCUAUCACCCGCCAGCUACCCCACGUGGACCGUCUCGGUGUCUCUGCCUCCGAACACAGCCUUCGAGUACAAGUUCAUCAGGAAGGAGACGAACGGAACUGUUGUCUGGGAAUCCGACCCUAAUCGCUCUGCAACGACUCCGGGCUCGGGGUCACUGGAUUUGACUGAGAGCUGGAGAUAGGAGAAGGUGUGGACGACAUCCGGACCCCUGAAAAUGACCAAAACUUGUGCAUCGACGAGUCCUUUUACUUUGGUAUUGCGAGUCAAUUGC